AUGGCCGAGCAGCCGGUAAACAACUUCUACAAGAAGCUCAACAAAUCCCGCAACGGCUCUGUGCCGCGAGCCGAAAUGUGCAGGAAUAAGGACGGAAGCCUCUUAAUGGAUGGACGUGAGGUGAUUAAAAGGUCGAAGCAGCACUUCGAUGAGCACCUGAACGGCGCGGAGAACGUAGACAUGGGGGUUCAAGAUAACAGAGGAAACGACUACGUCAGUGCAGCAGAAGACGGAAAUGAUCCAGCUCCCACACCAAGGGAAGUUAAAGAUGCCGUGCACCAGCUCAAAACCAACAAAGCAGCUGGUGAGGAUGUCAUCGCAGCUGAACUCAUCAAGAUGGGCCCAGAAAAGUUGGCCACGUGUUUACACCGAUUAAUAGUCAGGAUUUGGGAAACCGAACAGCUACCGGAGGAAGGAAGGUUCAAGUUGUGUGCUUUGCGGAUGACAUGGACAAUAUCGCGAGAGACUUUGGAAUGGUGGCAGAGUUGUUGCCAGAAACGCGAAGCAGCAAAGGUUGGACUGGUGGUGAAUGCGUCGAAAACAAAGUAUAUACUAGUAGGCGGAACCGAGCACGACAGGAUUCGUCUAGGAAGUAAUGUCACGAUAGAUGGGGAUACCUUCGAGGUAGUGGAAGAAUUUGUUCACCUCGGAUCCUUACUAACGACUGACAACAAUAUGAGUCGUGAAAUACGAAGACGCACCGUCAGUGGAAGUCGUGCCUACUACGGGCUCCAAAAGAAUCUGCGGUCGAAAAAGAUUCACCUCCACACGAAAUGUACCAUGCACCAAACGCUUAUAAGACCGGUGAUCCUCUACGGACACGAACCAUGGAUCAUGCUCGAAGAGGCCUUGCAAGCACUUGGAGUUUUCGAGCGACGCGUGCUAAGGACGAUCUUCGGCGGUGUGCAGGAGAACGGCGUGUGGCGACGAAGAAUGAACCACGAGCUCGCUGCACUCUACCGUGAACCCAGCAUCCAGAAGGUGGCCAAAACCGGAAGAAUACGGUAG